AGAGAUGAGGCAGACGAUUUUAAGUGUGGCUUUGUGCUUAGCGGUAAGCUUCAGUGAUGCCUCAGUAAGAAUACGCCGCGGUUACGGAGGUAGCUACGGCAGCGACGGAGGCGGAGGCGGAGGAGGCGGAGGCGGUUUUGGAUUCGGCGGAGGCGGUGGGUAUGGCGGCGGCGGAGGAGGCGGAUUCGGUGGCGGCUUCGACGGCAUCCAAGAAGGCGUCGGCCAGAUCUUGGGAAAAGUAAAAGAGGGAUUGAGUCAUCUCGGAAAAGGAUUCGGCGCCGGCGGCGGGCUAGGAGGGGGUUCUGGCGGAUUUGGCGGAGGAAACGAGAAAGUGAUUUAUACGAAAUCUGAAGACGGAAACUCUGGAGGCUUCGCUUUCACUGGCACUCUUGGAGGCGGAAAAGGCGGAUAUGGCGGCGGAGGCGGAUAUAGUGGGGGAGGAGGAUUGGGCGGUGGAGGAGGAUAUGGCGGCGGCGGAGGACUGGGUGGUGGAAGCUCUGGCGGCCAUGGAGGCAGCGGCGGAUAUGGCGGUUCUGGUGGCCUUGGCGGUGGAAGUGGAGGCGGAGGCGGACUCGGCGGCGGUUUUGGUGGGGGAGCUGGUGGUUCAUUUGAUGGAGGACAUGGUGGAUCUGCCAGCUAUGGAGGCUCUAGCGGCGGAAGUCAUGGAGGUGGCGGUGGACUCGGAGGAGGUUAUGGCGGAGGAGCUAGUGGCUCGUUAGGUGGAGGUCAUGGUGGAUCUGCUGGAUUUGGAGGUUCCAGCGGUGGAAGUCAUGGAAGUGGCGGUGGGCUUGGAGGUGGAUACGGUGGAGGCGGCAGUGGACAUGGCGGAUCCGCUGGCUUUGGAGGUUCUGGAGGUUUAGGAGGUGGUAGCGGACUUGGUCAUGGAGGCGGUUAUGGUGGAGGCCAAGGAGGCUCUGGUGGUCAUGGGGGUGGCGCUAGCCUCGGAUUGAGUAUUGGGAAUUCUCUUGACCAUGGCGAAUCUGGUGGUUCAGGGGGCUUAGGGGGAGGCCAUGGCGGAGGAGGAGGCUUAGGCGGUGGAUACGGCGGCGGCGGAGGAUCUAGUGGUGGUCUUAUUUCCGGAGGUGGGAUUGGAGGUUCUGGAGGAUUCGGAGGAAGCCAUAGUGGUGGUUACGGGGGUGGCUUAGGAGGUGGUGCUGGCGGAGGUUUAGGUUCAGGCCAUGGUGGUUCCGGGGGCUAUGGGGGUUCUGGUGGAGGCCAUAGUGGUGGUUACGGGGGUGGCUUAGGAGGUGGUGCUGGGGGUGGUUUAGGUUUAGGCCAUGGCGGCUCCGGUGGUUCUGGCGGAUGUAGCGGUGGUUGUGGGGGUUAUGGAGGUGGAAGCCUCGGUGGUGGAGGCGGUGGGGGCGGUGGAUUUGGCGGAGGCGGCGGUGGAGGUUUCGGAGGAGGCGGCGGUUUCGGCGGAGGCGGCGGCAAAGGGGGCGGCGGUGGCCUAGGUGGGGGUCUAGGCGGUGGACACGGCGGCGGACUUGGAGGCGGAUCUGGAGGCGGUUUAGGCGGCGGUGGUGGAUUAGGCGGCGGCCAUGGGGGCAGUGGUGGUCUUGGAGGCGGAGGCGGAGGCGGAUUAGGCGGCGGCCAUGGAGGCGGUGGAGGACUUGGAGGCGGACUUGGAGGCGGCCAUGGCGGCAGUGGCGGAUUAGGCGGAGGCCACGGGGGCGGCGGUGGCUUAGGCGGAGGCGGCGGACUUGGUGGCGGUGGCGGCGGUGGUCUGGGCGGCGGCGGCAGUGGCGGAUAUGGCGGACAUGGCGGCCAUGGGGGCGGCGGGCACGGCGGCAGUGGCGGCUUCAGCAGCGCUAACUCGCAGGCCAGCGCCAGCGCUAGCGCCAGCGCCGGCGCAGGUGGCGGCUAUAAGAGCGGAUACGGGCGGUGAAGAAGUCAACGGAAUGAAGAAUAAUGAAUAUUCCAGAAGCUCAAUGUGAUAUAAUAAAUGUAUUUUGCCAUAGUUCUGUACAUUGUUCGUUAUGUAUGUAAUAUCUUAAAUACAGUAGCAUAAUUAAAAAUAUA